AUGCCUGUAGCACUAACUGUGGCGCAUAUCGACGAUAUCCCAAACAUCGUCGCGGCAGAGCGGGAUUCCUUCGAGAAUCCCCUCCAACCCAUAUUCCGCUUAUAUUGCCCUAUAUUUCACAGCCGAGAAGAAUCAAUAGCUAGCAACGCGACAGAAUACCAAGAAAGCAUCAGAGAGCAAGACUCAAACGUCGAAAAUGUCUGGCUUAAGGUUUUUGACUCCGAUACCUCAGGCAAAGAGACGAUCGUCGGCGGUGCGCAAUGGCUCUUCGUAGUCAAAGAAACUACUUCCAUCGAUCAACACGUUCGGUCUUUGGCAAGCCGCUAUCCUGCAGGUGGAGCCACGAUCUUCGCCAGCCAGGCAUUCCGCAUCCUGCGUGAAGCAGAAGCCAGACAGAAAGAAGGAAGAAGCGGAGAACAUGCGUAUGCUACACUAGGCACUUUCUUCACCAUACCAGAGUACCGCAGGCGCGGUAUAGGCCAUACUCUCAUGGAAUGGGGACUGAAGCGAGCCGACGAAAAGGGUCUGGAGGCUUGGAUUGAAGCUGUGCCGCCGGCAGUCCCAUUCUAUGAAGCCUAUGGUUUUGUGCAAAUGGAAACUACUCAUUUGAACCCCAAACGCCCAGUUUCUCUGUCGGUGGAGGCUACUGCCGAAUGGAAUGCUACGGCAGAAUCGCUUUUGCCAAUUACUGCGACUGUUAUGUGUCGUCCUGCGAGAACCAAAGAUGCUGAAUGA